AUGGAUGGCUGCUCGUCGCACUACUCUGAAUACACCUACGCGGAAGCCAAAGCCUCGAACGAAUUGCUGCAAUUUCUGCCGGAGAAUGCGACACACCUGUUCCAACCACUCGACAGGACAGUGCGUCGGCCUUUCACGCUAGCGAUUCGAAAUGUAGGUGCCGAUUCCAUCUGGACCGAUGUAUCAACGAAUAUCAAGCAACGCGCCAUUGCUAUUGCGUGCAACGUUUGGGCCAGUUCGAAUAUCGGCCCACGAUGGUGGAUCCAUGAGGUGCAUCUUGGCAUAAUCAACCGAGCGCUUUUGUGCCGCGAAGUCAGCAUUGGCGUGUGUUUUCGCUUCGUGCAGGCCAACGUACUUGGAAUACGUCAAUCAAAUCUGCAUUACGACCACGAUGAGCGUCGUUCCAUCUACGAGAGCCUACUUGCAGUCUCGUCCUCUGGUAUACUGCCUCGUGGUGCCAUUGUCAAGCUGGCCAUGCAGCAUAACUGCCACCCGGACACUGUGAAGCGCGUAUGGGCUCGUGGGCAGAGCUCCGUCCGCGAGGGCCACAUCUGUGCCGAUGUUGCGUCCAAAAUCCGAGAAAUGGUGUUAAAUUAUGUCGUGCCGGCCAUAAAGUCCAAGUUCCCCCGCUCUACACUGCGAUCGGGUGUCAUUAUUCAACAUGACAUCGCCAGCCCUCACAAAUGCCUAACGACAAGUAUGUUGGAGUCGAGCGGCGUGUCCGGAAUUGCAAUGAAGAACCAGCCCCCCAAUAGCCCAGACUUCAAUGUCCUAGACUUAUGA